AUGUAAUAAAGUCUUAUAAAUGAAAAACUACUCCAAUAUCAUAACAAUUAGAUGUCAGAUGUGCUAAAAUAUUUAUUAAACUCCAAUAGUAAAAUAAUAAAUCAAUCAACUAAAUUGCCUCCGUUAUCGAUAUUAGGAUCAAUAAAGCAUUCACCUAAAAAUAAAAGAUCAAGAAUUUAUUCAUUGAAUUAAGAUAGCACCUAUUAAGGAACAUCUAGGAUUGAUUUAACAUAAUAAAUUGAAAAUGGAGAAUAUACAUAUAAAGAAUUAACUUUAAAAUCAACAGCAAAAUGUCCAAAAUUAAGAAUGCCUGAAUAGACUGAGAGAUCAAUAGAUGGAAGUCCUUCCUUCUAAUCCAAUUAAACACUCAAGGUAAUUCAAAAAUGAAUAGAAGUUUAAAUAUCCUUCAAUGUUAGACUCACUCAGAGGCACUAAACUAAAUAUUCUUAACUAAUAUCUUGAGGAUAAUAGUUAAUUAUUCAGAGAAAUUAUAUACAAGAAAGAUCUAGAGAAAAUGAUAUCCUUUUUAAAUUAUCCAAUCUAAUAUUCAUAAGAACUUAAUGUAACUUUUUAUAUAAAUUAAUUAGUUACUUAAAUUAUUUAGUGACUUAUUAUUUUUUGUUGCUUAUUUUGCUAAUACUAUCAUAUCCUUAAAUAAAGCAUCUUAUUUAUUUCAUGAUUGCUUAAAACUUUCUGAAUUAAAUAGAGAUCAUAUUUUAAAAAUUAAAAUAUUAAUACAAUUUUAUGAUAUAGCUAAAUAGUAUUAAUUCUUAUUCAUUUAUUAGAUUAAAAUAAUUUGAAUAAGCUCGUAAAUUUAUUCAAAAAGCUUUAAAUUAUGCAUGGGCUGAUAAUCUUGAAGAUUAUGAAAUAGAUUGCUAUGAUAAAUUAGGAAUGUGUUAUUUUUAUAUGGGUAAUAUUAGUAAAGCUAAUCAUUUUCAUACUAAAUGGGCUAAAUGUGAAGUUGAACCCAAGAAUUCUUAUUAUAGAUAAACAUCUAAAGAUUUUAUUAAACUUUAUGAAAAAUAAAUACCUAUUUGUAAAGAGUUUGAUGAUAUUAUUUAAAGAUAUCUUCAUAUUCCAUUUAUUAAUAUAAAAACAGGAAAGAUGUUUGAUGAAUAAUCAACUAUCAAAUAUAACAAUUGUCUUGCUUAAACUAUUUUAGAUUAAAUAUAAUAAGGAGUAGAUUUUCUAUAAUUUUAAAUUGAAUAUCAUUAUAUUGAUAUAAAGGCUAAAUAACAUUUCAAUAAAGCUGCCUUACCUAGAAGAGCUAUUGAGAUUAUGUCUAAGUAUGAUUUAAAUAAAGAUAAAUAUAUAUUUGACCAUAAAAUUGAUGAAAAUCCAAUCUAUAAAUUAUCAUUAGAGGAAAGAGUUAAUUUUAGAAAAAACAAAUCUUAUUCACUUGAUUAAGUACAAAAAAACAUUAGAAAAUUUAUAGCAGAACAAAGAGAACCAUUUUAAAAAAGUAAUAAAGUUUACGUUAAGGAUUCAUAGAGAAAAGAUCUUAUUCCAUAAAAUGCAAAUUAAUUAUCAAUCAAUUUUAAAAAGAUGUUUCAAAGUGUUAUUAGCUUAGAAUGA